AUGGGAAACAGUGGAAAAUAGUUUGACAGCAGGAGAGCCGAAGAGAUUGUUAUCACCAUUUGGCUCUCUCUUUAUCCAAGCAACAUGUUUUCUGCUGAGCAAAGCUGUUGGUUUGUCCGCAAGGUGAUUUGCUGGAGAGCUGUGGCGAGUAUCGCUUGGGCUGUCCUGUUGUUGCCCCCCAUCACAGCAGUGUUUGUGCUCCUCAGCAGGUUCAGUCUGCUUCACCCCAUCCAGUCAGUAUCAGAAUGUCUGUCCUUCUUAACGAGUGCAAGUGCCAUCUUCUCCUUCAUCCUGCUGUGUGGAGUCAUCAUCAUGGUGGGGUUCCUCAACCUGGAAUAUUAUACAGUCAUCCCAACGAUUGCAUGCUCGAAAAUCGCCCUGUUGGGUCAGCUGCUCCACCCUCGUCAGUUCGUCAACUCCCUGGCCCACUGCAUCAUGGGAAUAAUCGUGGCUUGGUGUUGUGCCAUCGCCAUCGGGGGCAGAUAUGAAACGAUCGCCUACCCUUGCACACCGGGUGAUGGCGCUGACAGUUCCCUUCAGAUGUGUCUGAACGAGCAUCACUUCAUCCUUCUGCUGGCUGGAGCCUUCGUUGGAUUAUCUCACAGUAUGCUGGGUGUGAUCUACAACAUGAACUAUGUCCCUUUUCUCACUGUUCAGCAAUACAAAUACCUUCGCUUUAAGGGAUCCCUGCCUUCGUUGGUGAAGUGCAGCGCCACUCAGGCCCUUUACUCUGUCAGGAACUACAUUGUUGUGUAUUUCUUUUUGGGAUACAUUCCAAAAGCAUGGAUUUGUAAAACACUGAAUCUGCAUUUGAACAGCUCUGUCCACCCUCUUGACAGCAUAGCUGGCCUGCUGGACCUCAACCUGCUGUACCAGCUGUGGGUCAGUGCCGGCUUCCUGCUCCUCACAUGGCACGUCACCCUGCUGCUCUUUAGGAUCUUUGUCACUGAGGUGUACAGCUUUCCUGUGCAGUCUUCUUUUACCGAGGAUGCCCAUCAGUGUCUUCCUAAAGUUAUUACCGGCAAGCAGCCCAUGAUAUUAAAGUUUCUAGCUCUGCAGGACCUUGCUCUGCUCUCUCAACACUCCCCAUUGAGACGCUCGGAGGUCUUCAGUCUCAGUCAGCCAGGUGGCCAUCCUCACAACUGGAACGCCAUCAGUAAGGAGUGUCUGUCUCUUCUGAAUGAUCUGACCCAGAGACUCAUAGCCUAUCAUGACACUGUAGCGACCAAUGGCCGAGCCAAACCCCUUUCUACUGGGAGUGAGAGGAAGACUUCAUCUGAGACAUCAAGUACAGAAGAUCUGAUGAGCCCGAGGCCCAUGUUUCUGAUGAAAACCCCAGCGUCAGUCUUUGCUCGCUCCUUUGUUGGCGCCUCACAGAGCCCUCUGACAGCGCCCUUCACUAGUCCUGACCCGGACAGCCCCUUUGCUUCUCCCGCUCUGCGGCGUCUGACUGCUCCUGCGGACCCGUGUUCCCCGUGGUUCGGCUCAGUGCAGAGCCCCCACAUCAUGAGGAGACUCCCAAAACUCUGGUCCACCCCCACAGAUUCACAGGUCAAUGGAAGUCCCCCAGCGUCCCCUUCCUCAGUUCCCAGUCCCAAACAGGAACCGUCCAAACCAAGUCUCCUGGCUCAGUUCCUCCAAAACAGGAAAGAACAGGUUAAACAUUUCUUGGCAAAGCGCGUGCUGAUAAUGUAUUUGUUUAACAAGGUAAGGAUGUGUGGCAUGUGAACACGGUGAGG